AUCUGUUUCUUUAUUGUUACUAUUAUUAUUGUUCCGCCUCGCUUCACUCAUUUUCUUUUUAAACUUUGCUUUCUUUUUCUUUUUCUUUUUUUUUUGCUGCUUUGUUUUGUUUCUUUCUUUUUAAUUAUUUUUGCUCUUGCUCUUUCUCGUGAUGAGCGUCUUCGACUGCCGCUUUUUCCCUCUUCUCCGCUUCCCAACCCUAACCCUAAUCCUGACCUCUCCUUCUCCUCUGUUUCUUCACCAUUGCCGAUCUCGGAGCCAUCGAACCCCGCAUUCUCCUCACUCUACUCGAUCGAGAUCGUUGAACUGGGUUUGCGAUCUGAGCUGUUGCUGGCAUUCCUAGACGUCUUCCUGCAUGGAGAAAUGUGUGCAGGAAAAAGCGAAAAAUUACAUGUUUGGAAAGGAUUCGGCAAUGAGCGCGGAAUGUGGAACCCCUUCCCCUCUCUCAUCAUUUCUAUUUCUAGUCAUUCGCCAUCUUCUGUGUAUGCUGUUGAAUCGGAUCGUGGUGCACAUUGAUGUUGAGAAGCUGUUUUGAAGGCCCCCUUCAACUAUAGUAAUUGAUACGUAUGAAAAGUAUCUAUAUGAAAAAGUUUGGUUUUUCUUGAUUGUACUUCAUUACCUACUGGACAGAUUCCUGGGACAUGGGUUAGUUAUUUAAUCGCUUAUCUAGGUUAUCUUGGUUGGUACAGCCACGUAGAAAAUGGGUUCAUCAGGUGGUAUUUCUGAGAUUGUUGAAUCAAAUGAAGAAUUAAAAUCAGUUCAUCAUUUGAAUAGAUCUAAGACACUUAGUAUUAAAUCAAAAGCAGAUGAAGAUGUUAAGUCUCAUGGUCGACCUGUCGAGGAUGACCUUGAUCGGCUUUUGAGGGCAAUUGAUCUCAGGACCUCACCAAGGGUUCUUGGCCCUUCUCACCAGGAUGGUGUGGACUUACUGCAGAAGAGUACUCUUAAGAAGCCAGUUAAAGUCAGGAUAUCUCAAGCAUCAGGAAUAGGAAUAUCUGAAUCAGUGACCUUGAAACAAGCACUGCGAAGGUUGUGCAUUUCUCAGGCAUCAGAGAUGGCUGCUAUGAAAAGGUUAUCAAAACCAAUUGGCUUAUCUGGUAGCUCUGAAGCUGGAACUAUUAAAAAACUCUAUGCCUCUGUAGUGGUCCAAGCAAGUGAUUCUGAUCUUUCAGUAGAAGAAGAAAAAAGAAGUUUAGUAGAGAUAUCCAUUGUUCCUGAAAAAGUUGUCAUGGAGUCAUCUGGAAAAGCUACUGAUUUCAGUCAAAGAAGCAACUUGGAACCAUCUAAUCGAGAUGCUGCUUCAUCACCUCUUUCGACAGUUCUCAACACAGCUAAGGUACCAAAAGUCAGAAUUCAAGAUGUGCUUAAUCCUACAUCAGCAAAAACCAGCAAAAAUCUAUCAGCUUCUGCAGAGAUAGAGAAGAAGGGAAAGACGAUUUCCGUAACUUGUGUAUCCAGCUCCCAGAAAGGCACUGAAUCAAUCAAGUCUGCAGUAAGUCCACAUCUGAUCAAGCCAGUAUUUCGGAGCAAGACCUGUGGUAGAAAGAAAGGAAAGAAGGAAUCAGCUUCAAAAUCAGGUAGUUCCAUCAGAUGUGGAGAAGUUGACAAAGCUGGUGCAGCUAUUCCUAGUAAAACAAAGUCAGGUUGCCAGAAAGAAUCUGUGCCUCCAGCAUCCAGCAGCAUGAAUCCUGCUGGUGCAGUUGUCACAGAAAACAUUGACAGUGGUGCGAGCAAACCAGAUUGCAGUCCAAAUAACUGCAGUGGUGGUAGGGCUGUUGGUGUGAAAAUGAGUGAAUGCUCAAGAUUGAGAGAAAAGGGGGAGUGCUCUCAAAGUUCUAAAAGUAGCAUUGGUGAUAGCAGCACCAGCAUCAGUGAGGAGAGCCAUCAGAGUGGUUCCAGCAGUAAUGGUAGUAGACCUCACAUGUCAAAGGAUGCGAGAUGGGUAGCCAUUCGCCAUGUUGUGAUGCAGCAGGGAAGCUUAGGAUUGAAGAAUUUUAAGCUUCUCAAAAGGCUUGGUUGUGGUGAUAUUGGCACUGUUUAUCUUGCCGAGCUAAUUGGUUCUGAAUGGUUCUUUGCCUUGAAAGUCAUGGAUAUUGAAUUCCUGGUGAGCAGAAAAAAGAUGCUUAGAGCGCAAACCGAAAGGGAGAUCCUGCAAAUGCUGGAUCAUCCGUUCCUUCCUACCUUAUAUGCCCAUUUUACGGCAGAUAACCUCUCGUGUCUAGUCAUGGAGUAUUGUCCAGGUGGUGACCUGCAUGUCCUCCGACAGAAGCAACCUGGAAAGUUUUUUUCUGAACCAGCUGCUCGGUUUUAUGUUGCAGAAGUCCUCCUUGCACUGGAGUACCUACACAUGUUAGGGGUGAUUUAUCGAGAUCUCAAACCAGAGAACAUCCUUGUUCGUGAUGAUGGUCACAUCAUGCUAUCUGAUUUUGACCUUUCUCUGAGGUGUUCAGUAAGCCCUACCCUUCUCAGAUCCUCGUCCUUGGGUACAGAAGGGCCCGUAAAGAAGCUGUCGGGACCUUGUGCUGAAAACAGUUGUAUUGAUCCUCUCUGCCUUCAACCAUCCUGGGUUCAUGUUUCUUGUUUCACACCCCGUCUUGUGUCUUCUACCAUGGCAAAGACCCACAAGCUAAAAACUGACCUAGGUGGCCAGGACAGCCUGCUUCCACAGCUUGUGGUGGAGCCCACUGAUGCACGAUCCAACUCCUUUGUUGGGACUCAUGAGUAUCUGGCCCCGGAGAUUAUCAGAGGAGAUGGACAUGGAAGUGCUGUAGAUUGGUGGACCUUUGGAAUUUUUCUAUAUGAGUUACUUUUUGGUAGGACGCCCUUCAGGGGACCAGGAAACGAAGAAACUUUGGCUAAUGUGAUCUCUCUGAGUUUGAGGUUUCCUGAGAGCCCAACUGUUAGCUUCCAUGCGAGGGAUUUGAUCAGAGGAUUGCUCGUAAAGGAACCAGAGAAUAGGCUGGGAUCAGUCAGAGGGGCAGCUGAGAUUAAGCAGCACCCAUUCUUUGAAGGGCUGAAUUGGGCCCUGAUACGCUGUGCUGCACCACCUGAGACACCAAAAAGCUAUGAUGUUGGAACUCCAGUUGCAAUGCGCAAGAAAAAGGAAGGCAAAUGCCUGGAUUUUGGGAGUAAUGGAGAAGAUGUGGAGUUUGAGCUAUUUUAG